GGAUUUCUUCUCUUAUCUCGGAAACCUUGAUGCCAAAGAUGAGCACAUAAAACAGAAGGAACAUUCGUCCAAUUUGAAACACUAACACAUCUCUAAAACACUGACACUAUUGCCUUGCUACGUUGAUGGUUUAUCAUACCGAAAAAGCUGGCCAAUGAUAGCUGAUGACGUCAGAGUCUGUAUAGCUGAUAUGUUAACUGGUUGCCAUACAGCGGGAAUGUGGCUGACAUAAGAAUACGGGAGCAAAGAAUGCAACAGCAAACGGCUUCCUUCAAUGUAAACGGCAACUCGCUAAGAUCACCUCCUGUUCUAUACAGUGACCCAUUGAUAUCGGAUAAUUACCCUGUCAUUGAAAAUACGGAAGUUGGAUACAGUGAAAAGAACCUGCUAGAUUUUGAAAACAGUAUUCUUCAAGGGACGCCAUUACCAGAAGCAGUUGCUGAGGAAAAAAGGUCUAAAUCUCCUGAUGAAGAUAAUGAGGGUAAAACCGUCAUCGAUGAUGACUCCAACGAAAAUCUAAACAACGAAGAUAAUGGCAGACAGGAUUCUAUUGGCUCAAAAAAUUCGGGUGUAAAUGGUUCGUUAGACACGAUCCCUAAUGAAUCGAAAAUCAAAUUCUCAAGGGCCGGUCAGACGACAAAAAGAAAGGACAAAGUGAUUAUCAAUGUUGGUGGCCAAAGACACGUUACGUACAGGUCUACACUUCGGAAUGUUCCGGACACAAGACUUUCCUGGCUGGCUGAUGGUCCGGCAAUUCAUUCAGCUGAUUACGACCGAGAAACUGGCGAAUACUUUUUUGAUAGACACCCGAGUGUUUUUUCACACAUUCUAAAUUAUUAUCGGACAGGGAAACUUCAUGUGCCUUACGACGUGUGUGGGCCUCUCUAUGAAGAAGAGUUACAGUACUGGGGUAUUGAUGAUUCGCAAGUAGAGUCAUGUUGUUGGAUAAGCUACAGGCAACACAGAGAUGCCCAAGACACCCUUAAAGACUUUGAAGGUAUUGAAUUCGAUUACAACCCGGAUGAUGAUAGCGAACCGGACUUGGCACGGUAUGGAUUUCACGUUGACUUCAACGAUCAGCAAGAACUUACACGAUAUCAAAAAUGGCUCAAACUUCGACCGAAAAUUUGGAGUCUUUUUGAUGAUCCAUCUUCUAAACCAGCAAAGGUACUGGCCUACGUCAGUAUGGUGCUCAUUCUACUGUCUGUCCUGCUCUUCUGUCUCGAAACUAUGGACUCAUUCCAACCGGAAACGGAUAGGGGGAAAGUUUUGUUUAUUUUAGAAGGAGUUUGUGUCGCGUGGUUUACCGUGGAACUCACGACACGAUUCAUCGUGUGCCCGAACAGAGUGAGAUUCGUAAAGGAUGUAAUGAAUUGGAUUGACUUUCUGGCGAUUAUCCCCUUCUUUAUCGAACUCGUGUUGAAGUAUGUCUUCAACAAUGCAAAUGAACCAAUUUACAAAUACUUGCAAGUAAUACGAGUCAUCAGAGUCUUUCGAAUUAUAAAACUUUCAAAACACAAUGUGGGCCUGCAAAUUUUAGGUCAUACUCUUAAAGCCUCGUUCAGGGAGCUUUUCCUAUUGAUAUUCUUCUUGUGCAUUGGAAUAGUAAUAUUCUCCAGCCUCGUUUACUAUUGUGAAAAGGAGGAGCCAGGAACAAAGUUUGUAUCCAUUCCAACGUCAUUUUGGUGGGCAGUUAUCACUAUGACAACCGUUGGGUAUGGAGAUUUUGCACCAACUUCCGUUGCCGGAAAGUUGAUCGGAAGUUUAUGUGCAAUUUCUGGGGUGCUGAUGAUCGCUCUACCUGUACCUGUGAUUGUCAAUAACUUCAAUCUGUAUUACUCGCACGCCCAAGCCAGGCUAAAAUUACCAAAGAAAAAGCGAAAAGUUCUUGUUAAUGCUGCAAAUGCUUUAAAAGACUCAGUUGAACUUGAGCUACAACAGACACAGAUCACUGACGACUUGGAGAACAGUGACAACGAAGGGAGCAAAGAGAACGUUCAGCAAUGCACUGUUAUGAUUACCGAUGAGGAACAUCAAGAAGACAUACCCAUGAACGAGCUGGACAGCAGAAAGCGCAGACUGCAGAAAUUUGGAAGGCGGGAUAGCAAACUUUUCGGUGGAUCAUCGAGUACUUCCCCACCCAGUAGCCACGAUACCGGUAGGCUGUCGAUCGGAAAUGGUACAGUGCAAAAUUACGCCUUGCAGAAACGAAGGUCCUUGCUUCCAGGGAUGUCUGCCUUGCCAGAAAUAGACUAGCCAACACAAGGUUUUAUGUGAACACUCAAACAACAGCAACAACAGAAAACAAAUGGUUACUCGCAAAAUGGACAUCUACACAGUCUUGUAAUAAUGUCAAGAUGUCACCAUCCAAUCAGGUUUUCCAAGCGGAUGAUGACAUGUGCAUUAGCAUGCCAUGUAGAAAUCUUUGUCCGUAUUAGCCUGAAUACAAAUAAAGAUAGCAAGGAGAUGUCGGUAGGCCAAGCAAAGAAUCGAACACGUAGCUAUAGUUUCCACGCAAAACACGUUCUUUUUCCACUUUCAAAUAACCUAGUUAAUGCAAAAGAUCUGUAUUUUCCUUAAUUACACCCACUUCCUUUCUUCAGUGACCAAAUAUGGAUGGUGUUAAAGGGGGGGGGGGGUAAGCGAAAAAGCAUGUGCGAAACAGCUGAAACUAGAAUGUCCUAGAAGAAAAAGGCUUGCAUUGAAACAGGAAUGUUCAGGCCAGUUAUAAAAGCAUAAAAAAUCCUAAAAUAAAAAAAAAUCUUAAAUUUUAAAAAAUCAAUUUGAAAUACCUUUGCUUAAGAACUUAAAUAAAUCACGAGGUGAAAUAUUUUUGAUCAACUAUUCAAGGCAAUCCUGAAAGUUUUAUAGAUACAUUAAGAGUUUCUUAGAACGGUCUUGAACACCUUGCAAUAACGACUACAUUUUAGAAUCCUGCUUUUUUGAUGUUGUCCCCCCUCACCCUUGACGUUUACUCUUUCAUACGUAACUGAAGAAGAUUUCUUUUCUGUAAUGCUUCGUGAAGAAGCGAUAAAUUCUAGAUAGAAAAAGCAAAAAUAAAAUGAAAAGUCUAUUUAUGACGAGAAAAGCUGAAGGCCUCUUGCAGCAAUGUUGACAAAAUAUAAAAAUAUAACAAAGAAACAGUAAUUUUAAAUGUCCACGCGUUUUAGAAACAUGUACAGUCCUACAUGUAUAAGAAGGUUUUCCAGUUCCAGAACGAGUAAAUAAUUUGAUUCGGGAACCCCCUGAAGGACUUUGUACUGGACACAAUAUCAUCCUUGCCUUUAAAGGUCUUAUGCCACCUAUUUCGGCGCCAAAUUUUUUCCUCUUGAGAAUUGUAAAUAAAAGCUAUCUGAACAUGCCUGCAAAAUAUUGCCACGAUUCCCAACGGCUACGUCCAUUUCCUUCCUCUGAUGAAUUCGUUCUUAAGUUAUUUUAUUUGCCGGGUUUUCCGUUUUUUAAAACAUGGUUCAAAACUAUAAUGUACGACAUCCCAUAGCAACAUCCAGUGACAAAAUCUGUCUCGAAAUUACUCAUAUUCGCAAAAUAAAUUACCUUUUUGUGUGCGAGUAGCGAAACGCCUAUGCUUUUUGAGUGUAGGCCUGGCUCCUCUUGUCAACUUCUACGUCACGUGGUCACGUGAUACUUUUGUAAAUUUGCAUCUACGGCCCCCUCAAAAUGAAAUGCUUAAUUUUGACCAAUUUUCUACCGAAUUCGUCAAUAGAAAGAUAGGGUAAAAUAGGUGGCAUAAAUCCUUUAACGAUUCUGUGUUAUCUGUUAAGGAAAUCGAAAAAUUCGUAUGUAGUGAAAAAACUCAAAAGAGAUGUCUGCCUUCAAAUACAAAAUAUUGAAUUAAGUUAAAACAACAGUAUUCUAUCUUUUUAUCAGUGAUUGAAUGAUUCGUUAAGCAUUGAUAAUGCAGAGAUGAUAUCCCAGAGAAAUAUGUCGCCUUUAUUUUUUUUCCUCGACUUUUAUAAAAUAUAUUGAUCUAAAUUUGCAGUCAAGGUGGUUUAUGGCCACAGAUAUAGGGGAUUUUCAAAAAAUUUAUAGCUCUAGGAAACACUCCAUUUCAGAAAUAACAUUUUUCGAUAACCCAUGGGCGAGAGCAAGUCCAAUCUUCUCACUGCUUUUGACUUCAUUCUUACACAUGAGAAAACGUUGAAAAGGAGACCCUUUGAAAUUGUUUGAAUAGAUAUUCAAAAAAGCAGCAC